GCAUCUAAUGUGGAAAUAAAAAGAAAAAUAUCAGUUGGCAAAAAGACCGUAUCAAUGCUCAACAACGUAUUAUGGAACCAGGACAUUAUCCCCAAAACAAAAAAAAAAAACAUGUACAAUAGUAUAGUACUGAGCAUUGAGACAUAUGGGUCAGAAACUUGGACCAUAAAAAGCAAUCUCAGGAAGAAACUUCUAGCCACUGAAAUAGACUAUUGGAGAAGAACGGCGGGAAUAUCCAGAAUGGAUAAAGUGAGAAAUACGACAAUCAGAGAAAAGAUGGAGACUAAAAGAAUCAUUCUGGAAAAGAAUGAGAAAAAACGCCUGAAGUGGUAUGGACAUUUGAAAAGAAUGCCUGAAGGAAGACUACCUAAAGAGGUCCACUUAUGGAAAACUAGGGAAAGAAGAAGACGAGGAAGACUUGGGAUAACGAAGUGGAGGAAUCCAUGACGAGUCAUGGUCUACGGGAAGAAAGGACCUUAGAUAGGACAUUAUGGAAAGAAGCCCUCCAAGCACUUUAGGUUAAGGAAACCCACUAUUAGUGGAAACUUCUAUUUAAAAAAAUAUUAUUUGAACAUUUCGCAAAUAAGAAAACAAUUGCUUGAUAUCCAGAACCAUAAGACUUAUCGACACAGUCGAAUUAUAUAUUAAUAAAAGUGAUAUGUACUUUAAUCGAUCUGACACUUUAAUCACUUUCCAAUGAACGUUUGCCUUCUAUCGAUAUGCUCAGAUCGUUUCUAUCUCUUUGGAAUGUAGUUCUGUAACCUUCUUGACAACAAAUUAUAGAUUUUCUUGUUAAGUUCGACUUGCCCGUGCCGUUUCUUUUUUCUUUACCCUUAGAAGUUUGUAGAAAACAAAAAAGAUGUCUGAGAGAAAAGUUUUAAAUAAAUAUUAUCCCCCUGAUUUCGACCCUUCGAAAAUACCUCGUAUGAAAUUUUCUAAAAACAGACAAUUCACAGUUCGACUUAUGGCCCCUUUCAAUAUGAGGUGCAAAACAUGUGGAGAAUAUAUUUAUAAAGGGAAGAAAUUUAAUGCUAGAAAAGAAGAUGUUGAGGGAGAAGAUUACCUAGGUAUUAGGAUAUUCCGGUUCUACAUAAAAUGCACUCGAUGUUUACAAGAAAUAUCUUUUAAAACUGAUCCCAAGAAUACUGAUUAUGAAAUUGAAGCGGGAGCCACCAGAAAUUUCAUGGCAUUAAAACUUGCUGAGGAGCAAGCCGAAAAAGAAAAAGAAGAAAUGAAAGAAGAGGAAGCUUCAAAUCCUAUGAAGCUUUUAGAAAAUAGAACCAAACAAUCAAAGAUGGAAUUAGAACUUUUGGAAUCAUUGGAAGAAUUGAAAGAUUUGAAUAAGAGACAACAAAACAUAGAUUAUGAUUCGAUGCUUUCCCAGUUCAGUUCCAAGGAGGCGCAAGAAAAAAUUCUCAAAAUGCAAGAGGCCGAAGAUGAGAAAUUUAUUAAGAAAGUGUUUGGUCAGAAAAAAGUUGUAACUGUAAAGGAAGAAGUGAUAGACGAUGUGAGAGAGCCUUCAAAAAAGAAAUCAAAGAAACAUUAUCAAAAUGAAGAUAUCUCAUCUUCAACUUCUGUCGAAGGAGAUUCGAAUGGAUUGGUUUCAUCAUCUACAUCAACUGUUUCGAAAGCUGUUGCUCCAAAAGCCAUCGACCAAUCGUGGAAUAAGAGUUUGGGUGUUAUGAAAAGACCGCUUGGCAACUUAGUAAGGGUAAAGAAAUCAGAACCAGAAUCAGUUAAAGAAGAAAAAGAAUCUAGCUCAGUCGAUAAUGUAUCUUCGAGUACAUCAGACUCAGCUAAUGGAGGUACUUCUUCCGCUUCUGCAUUGUCGAUGCUCGGUUCAUAUUCCAGUAGCGAUAGUGACUGAUUUUGACUUUUGCUAUUGUAUACAUUGUAUAUAUAUAUUAUUUAUACCAAAUGCUGGAUGAUUUUUUUUCAAUUUUUUUUGCUCUGAUUUUUUUAAUAAUUAAUAUGUUACUAUAUCUGUAAAUAUAAUUUUAUAUUAUUUUAUUUGAUAACAAAGAUUAAAGAUGUUUUAUUGAAGUGAUUAAAACGA